ACAAAUUCCCAGAAUCCUUCGCGCCGGUUGGUGAGAAGGUGACAGGGGACGGCGAAAAUGGCCGCCUAUCUGACCCACCAGCAGAAAGUUCUGCGACUGUACAAGAAAUCACUGAGACACCUGGAGUCAUGGUGCGUCUUCAGGUAAGGAAAAAUGUUUUAGUUCAGGUUCGAUUGUGGAAAAAUGAGAAAUACUGACAGCAGCGUCGAUAGAGAGGUCUGAUCUGUGCAGCUAAGCUAACAACAGCUAACUGUCCUGAAGUCAGUGUCACAGCCGAAUCCACUUCAUUACCUGCUCAUUUUAUUUCAUAUUAAACUGGAUUAAACACAUAUAUUAAUAUUUGAUGCCCUUUUUAGACUACCAACGUCUUAUAAGUUAAGAUAUUUGGUUUAAGAUAUUGACCAUGCGCCGCCUAACGUCCAAACCAGAGAACAGCUGAGGAGCAAAAAUAUUCCAAACUUGAAAUCUUACGGUGGCCGAAAACCGCGACUGCUGCAAAUAGAAAAAAAGAAAAGUCAAAAAAAGAAGUCAAACAUGAAGCCACUGAUGCAAAAAGAGAUAGAGAGAGAGAAACCACAGCCUGCUGCAAAUAAAAAAAGAAACAGUGCAGAUUAAAAAACAAAAGCCACACCGGACCUUAACAAUGCAAGUAAAAGUGUUGAUGUAAAACAAAAAAAAAAAGAAAAGUUACUGCGAAAAUAAAAGAAUGCAAAAAAGAAAAAAGCUACAACGGAAGUCAUCGUCGUCGUCUUCCACAUAUCCGGGUCCGGGUUUCAAAUUUUUUUUCGUUGAAUAGUAUUGGAAGGUCCUGCCCUCCUUUGCCUCUGAUUGACGAGAAGUGCUGGGCUCCGAUUGGUUAUUCCUAAUGGCUGUGAAAUGUCAAUUUCUGUGGGAUUAUGGGUUAGGAGAUUCAGAGGUGCGAUAAUGUUCUGAACAGACAGCUCGCGUAUGGCUUGAGCGUGUAACAGCGUUUCCAGCUUUUCUAGCCAAUCAGAGUCGAAGGAGGCGCGACUUUCCCCUACAAUCCUACAAAAAAAUAUGUAAAAAUAAAAGGAUGCAAAUAAAUUUAAAAAAGCACAUUAGGUGAAAUUAAACAAUAACCUUUCCACCUACUUCUUUGCUUGUCCUCUGUACUUAGAUCGUAAAAUGGUGCUUCAUCAUUGUUGGUCCCCGGCAGCUCACUGCUGUUGUGUUUUUUUUUUUUUUUUUAAUCCAUCAAAGUUUAUGGACAGAAUUAAAGAUUCAAAGAUACAAAUUCUUAUCAUAUGAGCACAAUGUUAUUGUUAAUUACUUUUUUUACUUGUUUUAUUUUGUUCAUAUUUAUCUGCUUUUGAAACAUUAUAUGAAAAUAUGGCUGCUUUGGCAAUACCGUAACUUUAAAGUCAUGACAAAAAAACUUAGACUGAUCUACUUUACAGCAACCUUUGCCGAAAAGUCAAUCAUAAUUCUGCUUAUUAUUUUUUGUGCAGCAAAUUAAAUUAAAAAACACCUCAAUGGCAGCUGAUUUGUGAUUUUUGGUGAAAAAUCGGCCACCGUAAAAUCUCUGGAUCAACACAAAAUAAAUAUCCAUUAUAUGUGCUCCAGCGUAUCUGUAAUUAUUAAAAGAGAUCCAUAAUUAAAUUUUUUCUCAUUAAGGAUUAUUAACGCUUUACAGGCAUCAAUUAACUACAACAAAACUGCCCUAAAUAGCAAAGUAAAAAGCCAGUUUAUAAGCAGUUUUUUAAAACACUUAUGAUCACAACUAUAAACCAAAACAAGCUGACAUAUCUCAGUAUAUGACGUUAAAUUUAAUCAUGACAACAAAUCACCAAACAAUGAUAUAAAUCCUCGUUGAUCGGACAAACCCACUUUAAAAUAGAGGAGUGAUCUACACUAGAACUGGAACUUUAACGCUGUUUUCCUGUUACAGAGACAAAUACCGGUUCUACGCCUGCUUGCUGCGCGCUCGUUUUGAUGAGAACAAGAAUGAGAAGGACAUGGUGAAGGCCACCAUGAUGCUGAAGGCGGGAGAGGAGGAGUGGUGGGAGAAACAACAUCCUCAGCCCUACAUCUUCCCCGACUCUCCUGGAGGGACUUCCUAUGAGAGACACGAGUGCUACAAGGUGAGACCUCCUCCAGACAGGGACCGUGAAAUUAUUUCAGAUAGGAUACAUGUUUUUCCUUUCCAUUACUCUUUAUAUUCUCUCUUAUGGUACAGAGACAAACUUAGUGUAACGUUUAACAAACCUUUUUUUUUUCCCGGGUCAGUUUUUUAUGAUCAAAUUCUCACACUGUUCGAGUUGCUUGAUGAAUUUCCUGAGUCCCUCUUGGUUCUUGUAGCACCCAGAGUGGCUGCUGGACCAUUGGCACCCCGCGGAGAAGGCCAUGUAUCCUGACUACUUUGCUAAGAGAGAGCAGUGGAAGAAACUGAGGCUGGAGAGCUGGGACAAAGAGGUGAGCGGUCCAGGGUCCAAACAUGUUACUUUGUCUUAGAUUAGAGUAUUUCAUAUUUAUGAAAAAUAAAAGAUUCUAAAUAAAUCUGUCCGUUUGACCAUAAAAACUCGCCCCCAAAUUUCACCGCAUCCGGAAUGGCAGCCAUUUUCGUUGUUCACCAAUUCCUACCGGAUCUGUUGGUGAGGCGAAUUUCAUGGGCGGAUUAUGGACAGCAAUAAUCACAAAAACUCACAAGAACCCGCGGAUUCACGUCCAAUCGCGCAAUAACGAGUUGUCUCUAUAAAGACAGACACAUAGACAUAUAAGCAGUAGAUUGUGUCCUUCCAGAGGACGAAAUCUACUUUUAGACUUCUAGAAUCAGCAUCUCCUCAUCCAUGGUGUCAUCGGGGUGAAAUGACGUCUAAAAACCUUUCACUUGUUCGUCUCUGCCCAGAGUGUUUUAUUUUGAAAAGAAGCCGGAUGUUUUAUUUUGUGUCUGUCCCCGACUUCCUUUCCAGCACGGGUUAAUCUGUGCUGAAUUUAUCCGGCAUGCUCCGGCGUCCAGAAAAAAGGGACUUUUGUGAUCAGCUGUGGAGUCCGGCGAUCUGCAGAGGAACGAAAAGAAGCCGGUGGAAAUUGACACGUUAACUUGAAUGGUUACGAUCAGUUUAGGAGCUCUUUGACAAAAGUACCUGGAACUUUGAGUUCAGUCUCCUGCUGCUUGAAAUGAUAUUUGACCCCAAAAUGAUUUUAAAUAAUUUUAUGAUUUCACUGAAGAUUUAGUUUCAGGUCAUUCAGGUGAAUUGGAAUCUGUUUUGAUGGUUCAUAAACAAAAAUAAAGAAAGAAACUAAGAUUCUGUCUGCUUGUGUUUGCUCUUAGGUGGCCCAGCUGCAGGCUGAGACUGAAAAGGAGGGCCCCAGGACUGAGGCCCUUCCUCCUGCCCGUAAGGAGGGCGACCUCCCCCCUCUGUGGUGGCAGUUUGUCACCCGUCCUCGGUCGGUUCCCUCGUAAACACUCACCACCUCCUGGGGUCAGCCCUCCCUUCGGUCUGUGGGGAAACGUUUCCAACUGCAGUACUUUCUGACCUCUUGUUGAGUUCCUGUGUGUCUGUCCGAGGAGCUUCACCUGUACAGUUAGCCUGAUUCCUCUGGGAUCGGUUUGAAGUGGUCAUUUACUUCCUGGAAUCUUGUAGACUUAUCGCACAAUGGCUUUAGGUGUUCCAAUAAAUCACUGUAUGAAACAAAUACACGUUAAUGAGUGUUGUGUUUAUUGAAAGAGUGCUGUGCCACAGACAAAUAAUGUUGACUUUUCUCCUCCUCUGGUUCUGGGCUACACAAAGCCAACUCCCCAGGGUACAUGACUUUUCAAACUGUUGUCCAACUUGAAGUUCUUGUGUCUGCUUCCCCUGGGGUUACACAAAAAAAGUUCCUCAACUCUUCCUGUCGUUGAUGAACACAUUAGUCCAUGUGUUAAUUAUUUUAUUGCCUGAAGCUGCUGUACUUGUCCAGUGAUAAAAGGGAUUGUUACGGUGAAAAGCUCGGUCUGAAGUUGCUCGGUCGAAUCAUCAUGGUGACCCCCUUCAAGGAAUAGAAGUCCGAUUCUCUCCAGGAGAACCAGACGAUGCCGUCCGGUCCGAGUAAAUUCUGAGCUUUGAGAGAGUAACGACCCCCCUGAAGGAGAAACACAUAAACACAACAUAUCUCCGCUUUCUCGGUUCCUCUCUGAACAUUUCUGUUUCCUCUCACUUCUUUUCUCUUCACCCUCUUAUUGGAGCCCUUCACCUUUAUCUUAAAAAACAUCUUUUUCUGUCUCCUCACAAAGAAUCCGACUCUGUUAAGUUAAACACAGAUGAUUGAGGUAGACGUACCUUGUAGUAGACGCCGUUGAGGUUGGCGUAGAAACACUGAUGGAACCACCAGCCGGCGUGGCUGAUUUCAGCGCAGAUGUUUCCCGUGUCUGGCGUGCUGAAGCUCUGCUGAUUGUGGUACCAAGCAAACGAGUCUUUCACGGUGCCGCUGAAACCGGACACGUGGAGGCGGUAGUGGUUCUCCUCAUCCUCUAUCCUGCAGAACAAAGAGGAGGAGAAACGAAACCAAAACCAAACUACUACAAAAACAUGUUUGCAAACAGCAAAAAAAUCUAAAGAUUUUCUGAGACAGUUUCAGGAAAAUUAAAGCUUUAAAAAACAUUUAAACUUGGAUCUGUCGGGUCAGUGAAGCUUAGAUAAUGUGUGAUGAGAUAUUUUGUCUAGAAAUGAGACAAAUUUUGGUCAAAAUUCUUUUUUUUUUGCAGUGUAAAUAUCAAUUCAAACUUGUGGCCUUGAACAGCAUGUUUUCCCUGACUCUCUCCUCUAGUUUACUAGUCCACCGACUGUCAAAAAAGCACAAUAAAGACUUGAAAAGCUCCAAAAGGAAAGGAAACAAAAAAAAAAAACAAA